AUGCUGCGUGUACUUCUGACCUUCUUGUACGCUCUGGCGUCCUUGCACCUUCUCCUUGCCGCGCCUGCUUCGCCCCAACUCCCCACCAAAGAUGCACCGUACAGCGACAGUCCAGCACAGAUGGACGCCACCAUCGAGUGCCCCAACGGCAUCCAGGGCAAGGCCGGAGGUGUGGUGCUGCUCGUGUCCGGCACCGCGCUGAACGGGCGUGCAUCGUACGAGCAGGGGCCUUUCGUCCAGCUCCUGCCCAAUGCCGGCCCAGGCUUUGACGUCUGCUGGAUCUCGCCGCCCAACAAUGGCCUCGGUGACGCACAGACCGGAGGCGAGUACGUGGCCUAUGCGAUCCGCAAGCUGGCCCCGCAGUCUGCGACGGGCAAGGUCAAGGUCGGCGGUCACAGCCAGGGAGGCGGCCUCAACGUCCCCUGGGCCCUCAUCUUUUUCCCGAGCGCAAGGAAGCUCGUCGACUCCUUUGUUGGUUUCGCUCCCGACUUCCACGGCACCACCAUCCUGCCCUACCCGGCAUGCACGGCCGAGAAGCUGCUCUCGCUCGGCGUCGGCUGCGCCCCCUCGAUCCUCCAGCAGGAAAAGGGGAGCAUGUACCUGGGCGCCCAGCUGCACUUUCUCACCCAAGCCAUCGUACCCACCACGGCCAUCUUUACGCGAACCGAUGAAAUUGUGAUUCCCCAAUUUGGGCCCAACCCGUCCUCGCGCCUGCCCGGCUCGGUGCAGUUCCCGCUCCAGGACUACUGCGGGCCCCUCGAGCUGAGCGACCACCUGUCCAUCAUUGCGAACCCCGCCGCGUACGCCAUUGCCCUCAACGCCUGGACGAGCCCAACGGGCGCCGCCGACCUCUCCAAGUUCGAAAAGGCGCGCGACUGCUUCAACAUUGCAAACUCGGCCCUCGACCUCAACGAUGUCGCCGCGAGCAUCCGCUAUUUCGCCACCAUUGGCGAGGCCGUCGUCACGAGCGGCGGCGCGCCCACGCCCUCGGAACCAGCGCUGAAGCAGUACGUCUGCGACGCAGGGGCCGCGACCGUGUGUGGCAAAGCCGGUCCCACGCCUCCCAUUGUCUCCCUCUCGGACCUGACUGGUCUAGCCAGCGAUUUGUAA